AUGGCGUUCCUUCGUUUCCUCGUGGUUUUCCUGCUGGCGCUGCUCAUCGCUCACGCCACACACGCCUUCUCAGUCUUCGGAGUGUCUUCCAAAGCCACCGACCCUGUAGGAGGUGUUCCGGUGGACGAGCCUCCCCUCUCGCAGUCCGCCAAUCCGGAUGAGCCAGAGCCGCGAACCGUGGCUGCAGGCGUAUCGCACCUCGUUGGAACGACUGAGGGGAGUGAAGAGGAGAACGAGGGGAGUUGGACGGAUUGGGUCUCUGGCGUGACUGGCAUGGGCAAGAGAUCGCCGUCCGAAGCCCAGGCAGAGGAGAAGUGGUCAGAGGCUGCAGACGCGGGAGGCGAAUCGGCAUCCAAGGCCGGCCAGUCCGCCGCCAAGAGCGGCGACGCGGCUGAGAAGCACGCAGAAGCCGGAGCAAACGCCGCAUCUGACGCCGUUACAAGCGCGUGGGAGAAACUCAAGCAGGCAGCGACCGGGGCAGCUUCCGCUGGCCGCGAGGGUGCGGAGCAGGUGGGAGAGGCAGGCGCGGAAGCACAGCGACGUGCGGGGGAGGCUGGCGCGCGGCUGGGGGAGCGUGCAGGAGAGACGGGUGCGCAAGCGCAGCAACGCGCGGAAGAAUACGCGGACGCUAUGGCAGAAGGCGCGGGGGCGACGCUCGAGGGGACCAAAGCGGGCGGGCAGCGCGCGGCGGAAGAGGCGGGGAAGGCGGGCUGGGGCGUGUACGACCGCAUGCGGUCCGUGGCAGACCAGCUUCAGCACGCCGCGGGGCAGGGCAUGGGCGUGGGAUGGGACAUCGUUGGGCAAACGCGCGACACUGCCGCUUCCGCCGGCGCAGAGGCGGGGGAACGCGCCAAGGCCGGCGCAACAGCCGCGGAGGAAACUGCUGAAGGCCUCACGCAACGAGCGGGCGAACGCACCGCUGAUGUGGCGUCGACCGCGGAGGCGGGACGGGAAGUCGCGGAGGAGGGCGCGGAACGCGCGACUGGCGCAGUCGGAUCGGCGGUCGGCAGGGUGGUUGACGGCGUGCGCGACACCGUGUCGCGGAUCGGCGAGGCCGCGAACCAAGCGGGGCAAGCGGGGGAGUUCGCGGCGGGGACGGUUAAGCAGGCGGGAGCUGGCGCCCAUAGCGCGGGGAAAGGCGCGUACGAUACCGCGGCUGGCGCAGCAGGCCGCGUGGGGGAGGGCGUAUCUGGCGCGGGCCAAUUCGCCGCUGAUCAGGCCAAGGCGGCGGGGUCGAAGGCGUAUGAUGCUGCUUCUGGCGCUGCGGCAGCAAUUCCGGGCCCCGCGGAUUUUCAGCGCGCGGGGAAGGUGAUGAUGGAAUGGUGGUUGCGGCUUGUGGCGAAGCGGAAGGACGAGGCGGAAGAAGCUGCGCGGAAGGCGCAGGGAGCGGCGGAGAAGGGCUCGGGGAAGAACGCGGAUUGGCUGAAGCAGCUGGCGGAAGCCGCCAGCUCGCGUUACGAGGCGGCGAAGGAGGCGCUCAGCUUCGCGACGGGGGAGGUGGGGGAGCUGCGGAGGCCUGGCGGAGCGGACGAGGGGGAAGAUGUGCUGCGCGAUAUGUACAACCGGGCGGAAGCGUCCAUGCAUGAGCUGUGGAACGCGGCUAACGACGCAACUGAAAGUGCGAAAUCGAGGAGCGGCGAUCAGGCCGAAGGUGUGAAGAAGGAAGCGUGGAGGAGGUAUGAAGAGGCGAAGAAAGGGUUUGAGCAGAUUCAGACGCAGUUUGGGGACUUGUUCGAAAAAAUGGGGAUGAAGGGAGAGAAGGGUGAGGGGAAGGCGGAGAAGAUUCGGCAGCGCGUGGCACAUCCCUCUCCUGGCGACGCGCUUCGUGUGGAACUGUGA